AUGGUGAAAAUUAGUCCUGAUCCCGUGACGUUGUUGACCAAGUGCAUUGACGCUGAGAGGUCUAAAAUAUCAAUAAAAAUCGAAGCCUUUGAUAUUGAACUGAAACCCGAAACCACCGAAAAACACCUACAAACCAACGACUCCGAACUUCUCGGAAGAAUACACACCGAAAUACAAGCGAAAAAUGAACCAGAAACAAAAGAGAAAGAAAUCUCAGCUGUGGAACCCAAAAUUGUCAAAGUAGAACAGGAAAUUGAUGCUAUCGAGCCUAAAAUAAUCAAAGUUGAACAGGAAAUUGAUGCUAUCGAGCCUAAAAUAAUCAAAGUUGAACAGGAAAUUGAUGCUAUCGAGCCUAAAAUAAUCAAAGUUGAACAGGAAAUUGAUGCUAUCGAGCCUAAAAUAAUCAAAGUUGAACAGGAAAUUGAUGCUGUGGAGCCUAAGAUUGAAAAAGUUGAACAGGAAAUUGAUGCUGUAGAGCCUAAAAUAAUCAAACUAGAUCAAGAAAUUGACGCUGUCGAGCCCAAAAUAAUCAAGGUUGAGCAGGAGAUCUCAGCUGUGGAGCCUAAACUAAUCAGAGUAGAGCAGGAAAUAUCAGCUGUGGAGCCCAAAAUAAUCAGAGUAGAACAGGAAAUCAGUGCUACUGGGCCUAAAAUAGUAAAGUUGGAGCGUCAGACGUUGGCUAGAGAAGAAGUUGAGAGAAUAAGUAAGGAGACGGAGAUUGAGGAUUUGGUUGAGUCUGAAGUUGAGGAGAAUCCGUUACUGAAGGACAAUUCUGACGAUCAAAGUUACUCUGACACUGGCCUUUCCUCCUUAUCUUCAAUGGAGUUUGAAAUUAACAAGGAGGGAUUUUCAUCACUAAGCGACAAGGAUCCAAAGACCAUCCUCACCUGGAACGUCUGCGGACUCGCACUCUCCAAGUCCAAAAAAAACAUCUGGGAAUCAUUCAUACAAAUUGUCAAACAACACGAUCCCGUAUACUAA